AUGUAUAAGUACGAGGAUCCGAGUCGGACUCCACAAAACCUGUGGCUUGACAUCGACGAUGAGCGUGGUCAAGAGCCCAACCAUCUGCUCAUUUACACCACCAUAUUGAGGCUGAAUGAUUUUCACGCCACUUUCUGUUUUACUACCAAGUACACUUGUUGUUCCACCCAGUACAUUCGUACAGAUGCCCGAAAAGCUUUGAUAUUUCUGAACAGCGCAGAUUCCACUCUACAUCCAUUAUUCAAGGGUAUUUGGGUGAACUCUUUUGUUGAUGGUUUUGCGAAUCAGGUAUUUUGUUUGCCUGAUAAAGAAUGCUACAUUCCAGACUUUGUUACCGGAGAUUUUGAUUCCAUCUCAGGAGAUGCCCUUAGUUAUUAUAGAUCACAGGAUAAACCUGCCGCGAUUGCUGUGGUCCAUAUGAGUGGUGGACGCUUGGACCAUGAAUUCGGAUUGAUUCAAACUCUAUACGAGGCCCAUAGAAUGAACUCCAUUCCAGUUCAUCUCGUGUCCGAAUGUUGCGUCUCAAUUCUCUUGCCUGCGGGCAUGCAUCAAAUCCAUACAAAUACCGGACUUGAAGCCGACCAUUGUGGUUUGGUUCCGGUUGGUGCACCCUCCCUGGUCACAACCACAGGAUUGAAGUGGAAUCUCAGAAAUCAAUUGUUAUCCUUUGGUCACUUGGUUUCCACCUCAAACCAGUUGGCUGCACCAUUGAUCGAAGUGACCUGCGAUUCUCCCCUAUUGAUGAUAUUGGAAUACAAAAGGUAG